AUGUUUUUGGGGUGGAUGGAAAAGAACGAAAAAGAUUCGUUGGCGCGAACCCUUACUUACAUUGAGUUCCCAACUAAAUUUGUUUGGAAGAAGGACGAACGGAUAUGGGAUAAACGCAUAAUAGGCAAAACCAUUGGUCGUAUUCAUUGUGUGAAUCCUUCUAUGGGCGAGGCAUACUUUUUAAGAAUCCUUCUUAAUAAGGUAGUGGGUCCUAAGUCUUUUGAAGACAUUCGUACUGUGAAUGGACAAGUCUUCCCAACAUUUAGAGAUGCGUGCUACGCUAGAGGCCUUUUAGACGACGACAAGGAGUAUAUAGAAGCUAUCAAAGAGGCGUACCAAACAGGUUCAGGUUACUAUCUUCGUAAUUGGUUUGCUACAAUGUUGGCGUCUAAUACAUUAUCAAAGCCUGAACAUGUUUGGGAAAACACAUGGGAGUACCUUGCGGAUGGGUUGUCUAUUCCAGAAGAACAAAUAAGGAACCUAACGUUGCUGGAAAUUGAGCGUUACUUAUUACGUAACAACUCAAGUUUAAGUCGGUUUCCGUCUAUGCCUCAACCCGACAGUGAAUCAAUAUAUUCAGCAGACAACCGUUUAAUUGCUGACGAGCUUAGGUACGAUGUAAGCACUACUGCCAUUGAAUUUGAUAAUAAUUUAAGCAGCCUAACCGAUGAGCAGCGUUUAGUGUUUGAUGAGAUAACUGAAGUAGUUAAUAGUAAUGCGGGUGGUUUGUUCUUCGUCUAUGGCUACGGGGGUACUGGUAAGACAUUUAUUUGGAAGACAUUAUCUGCAUCCAUUAGAUGUAAAGGCGAUAUUGUACUAAAUGUUGCAUCAAGUGGAAUCGCAUCUCUUUUAUUACCUGGUAGACGUACUGCACAUUCAAGGUUUCAUAUACCUUUAAAUUUAACAGAAACCUCGAUGUGUUUUAUUAAACCGGAUGAUGACGUUGCUGAUUUAUUGAAGAAAACGAAAUUGAUCAUUUGGGAUGAAGCACCGAUGAAUCAUAAACAUGCGUUUGAAGCACUUGACCGAACAAUGAAAGAUAUCUUCAAAUGUGAGAUGACAUUUGGUGGAAAAGUUAUGGUAUUCGGUGGUGACUUUAGACAAAUACUUCCGGUUGUACCAAAUGGCAGUAGGCGAGAUAUCGUUAAUGCUUCAAUCACGUCGUCGUAUAUUUGGAAGGAGAUUAAAGCUUUUGCGGAUUGGUUGCUUGACUUGGGCGAGGGAAAGAUUGGGGACAGUGAUGAUUGUGAGGUGGUUAUAGAUAUUCCUGAAGAUUUGUUAAUCAAGUGCUCUGAGGAUCCUAUGUCAGAUCUGGUCGACUUUGUAUAUCCUUCGCUUCUUCAACUGUACAAAGAUAAAGAUUAUUUUGCUGAAAGAGCUAUAUUGGCAACAACAAACGAGGUUGUUCAAGAAAUUAAUGAAAAAUUGCUUGCUUCCUUUCCUGGCGAUGAAGUGGAGAUUAUAUCCGGAGGAAACAUAGGGACCAGAACGUUUAUUCCACGAAUCUGUUUGACACCGUCGGAUAAAAGAAUUUCUAUCAAGUUUCAACGACGACCAUUCCCUAUAAAUGUAUGUUUUGCAAUGACUAUAAAUAAAAGUCAAGGACAAUCUCUAUCGACGGUUGGAUUGUAUUUGAAAUAUCCAGUUUUCUCACAUGGUCAGCUUUAUGUUGCGUUAUCAAGAGUUACAAGCAGAGGCGGUGUGAAGUUGCUUAUACUAGACAAAGAUAGGAAUGUAAUGAGUAAAACAUCAAAUGUAGUCUACAAGGAAGUUUUUUCCGGUAUUUGA